AUGGCUCCCCGCAAGAAGGAUGCCGCUGCGACCACGAGUCCGCAAAAGUCCUACGCCGACGCCGCCAAAGCACCCCCGCCAAAGACAUUGGUGGAGCGAAUUCCAUCUCCCGCACGCCUUUUGCUUGUGGUUGUCAGUAGCUUAGCUCUCAGCUCGACUCUCUUCACUCUCACGUCGCGCAUCACUCUCGGCGAAUUACGUUUUAUCAGCAGGCACCUCGAGGAAUGGUGGGAAGUAUGGGGUCUAGUGGCAUGGAAGGCCGUCGAGGUUGGGCUCGCUUGGGUUUUGGGGUUUGAUGGCCGCGAUGUUUUAAACUUCUCCUUCCUGACCAACCUGCCGACUUAUAUGCUUCUCGCAUCGUUCUAUGCUGUACGACCAACAACGAUCCUCGCGUCUUUCGCAAUCGUCCUGUUUUCUACCACCGUACCAUUUGUCUUCCUACGUAAACCCAAUCUCAUCCAUAGCUUGUCUCACGCACACCCUGCCGCCGUCUCUAACCGUGGCAUCCUGCAAGAUUGGGGGAUCACUAUAUACACCACUGUCCUUGCAACCGCCAUCUACACGGUGACCUUGUAUCUCAGCUACGAAACAUGGCUCCCCGCCAAGCUCGUUGUGCAUUUUGAAAAGCUCCCUAACAUCUCGAAAGUCCAUGCUGGCCCCGCCGGCUUGCCCUUGCUAUUCGCUUCGCUUCUCCCGGCAGGCUGGGCAGCUAGGGAUUUCCUCUUUGCCAGCUCCACUGGCACGCCCGCAUCUCAGGAUGACAAUGGAGGGAAAGCGGAGACCACGUCCAAACAGGGAGAGUACCUUGCCUGCGCUAUUUACCGAAAGACCUGGGGCACUCUUUCACGGAGAACUAGAGUUCUCGUAUCCCGAACCGUGGCUCUUGCUGCAGUUACGAUGGUCAACACAUUCGUCCAAGUUGCGGGUACUAUUCGUGGUGCUAGCUUUGAGGGAGCCUCGGCUUGGGGGUUCGUUUGGACAUUAGGUACUUCGAUCGUGGGAUUGGUGUAUCGCUGGAUUGAAGCUGUUGACGGGCUCUAA